CACCACGAGUAGUGCGGCUAUCUCUCUACAGCGCACUUUGCAAUUGACUCGACCGCCAUCAGCAUGAACGUAGAAGCAGCGUACUCACAGUGGGCCGCCAUCUACGACACCAACGCCAACCGGACGCGCGAUUUAGAAACGCUCGUCGGCCAGCGCUUCCUCCUCGAACAGCAAACCACCUUUGAGCACGUGCUCGAGCUCGGCUGCGGCACGGGCAAAAACUCGACCUGGCUCGCACCCACAACGCGCCGCCUCACGAGCGUCGAUCUCACCGCGUCGAUGCUCGCUGUGGCCCGCGCCAAGGUGCCUGCUUCCCACGUUCAGUUUCUGCAAGGCGACCUCCUCGCGCCAUCGUGGAACGCGUUUGCCUCGCCAAGCUCGGUCGACGUUGUGACGUUCAGCCUCGUCCUCGAACACAUCGAGCAUUUGGACCCGAUCUUUGAAAAGGUCGAUCAAGUGCUCCAGCCCGGCGGGCUCGUAUACGUCGGCGAGCUCCACCCGUUCAAGCAGUACGCAGGCACCAAGGCGUGCUUUGAGACCGAUGAUGGCACCAAGCAAACCGUGACGGCUUUUACGCACCAUACGAGCGACUUUGUGGCGGCAGCGCAGGCGCGCGGCUGGGUGUUGGCGCAACUUGGCGAGUACUUUGACAACGACGAUCGUCGCACGGUGCCUCGCAUUCUCGGUCUUCUCUUCCGUAAGCCCUAGCAGAGGAGACUCCAUGCAGAUUUUCUUCUCUUUUUCGGUGGAGAACAUGUCAUCAUUCUACAAAAGUCAACCCAUGGCAAGGUUUUGUAUGCCCUUUGUACAACUACGACUAGAGAAACACC